CCAGAGGGAAAAACGUAAACAAAAAGUUAACGAAAUUAUUUUUUGUAACAGAGAGAGAAAGAGGACGUUUCCAUCAAGAGAGCAAGAAGACAACAAAUUUAAAAACAGUAUUAAGUUAUGUGCCAAAAAAGUAUUAGGGCUAGUCCCUUUGAUGUUUUAUCGCAUGUUGGACCUCGCUUAGUCCCCUUCUUUAAAACAGUUAUAAUAUAUUUCGUUGCAUGGCUUCCAUUAGAUUACCCAACAGUUUUCUCUGCAUUGAUAAAAUGUCUACCAAUCAUGUGUUUGACAUUUUUUGUUUGGCUUCAAGGGGUCAGCCUUCGCAAGGAACAUGAUUAUCAAAGAAGAAUAUUGGUUGGAUUGGUUUUUUCCUGCCUUGGAGAUGCACUUUUAAUAUGGCAUGAAACACAUUUCAUUACAGCAAUGGCAGCCUUCGCAGUGGCGCAUGUGUCAUAUAUUCGAGCAUUUGGUUUUUCACGGCCUUACAAAUGGGUGAAAGGAAUUCCUUUUGUUGGUCUAUUAUUGGUUGUCAUGUAUUUGUUCUACCCGGGCUUGCAAGGUAUCCUAUUACCUGGCGUUUAUAUUUACAUUUGGAUAAUAUGCUCAAUGGGAUGGAGAGCUGUUGCUCAAAUCGAUCUGGAAAACACUUGGUCCUGGACCAGUCUGUUUGGUUGCAUUGGAGCAGUUCUUUUUAUGUUGUCUGAUUUGAUCAUUGGGAUUAAUAAAUUUGUGACGCCAGUGCCUUUGUCUAGAGUGUUUAUCAUGUCAACAUAUUAUGCUGCUCAAGUAUUUAUUGCUUUAUCUGCUGUUAAUACAACAAAUAUUGUUAUAAAAUUACGAAUGUCAAAUAAAGCCUCCCAAGAAAUUCAAAGCAAAUGAUUUUUUUUUAAAAAGGACACCUAUAAUUUAUUUUUUCAAGUUCAGCAUAUAUUUUUUUUACUGUUUAGUCUUAAAUAGUUACACAUAAGUUUAUAACCAUUGUGAAAGUGUUAUUUUUAACUUAUGUGUUACUGGGAAGUGUGAACGAUUACAAUAUAAAGUAUAAAUAAGAACAGAAGUGAAAUAAAUAUUUUGCGAAAAUAAACUUUUUGCUAUUUAUAGACUUCAAAGUUUCUACCUUUCUCUCAUUUUCAAUGUACCAUAAGAGGUAACCUGUGGUACUUUAUACAUUUUGUUAUCCGUUAAAGUUGUAUAUAUAAAUAUAUAUUAUUAACAAAGACACUUAUUUUGUUAGUUUUUUUCUUACUAGUUGAUAACCCGUGGAUAAAUCCAUGGCUUCGCCUGUCCUUUAUUAACCGCAUUUCAUGUGUUUCAUUACCAUUUUGUGUGACAGACAGACGUAUACGGUUUUCAUACAGAUUUUUAACUGGCUAUUAAUAAACAAUGAAAUAAUAUAAAGUUUUGAAGAUGACAUCUUACAGUAAAUAUAUAAACUUUGUGAUUUGAUAAUUACGAAAAUUUAUUCCAUCAAUUUUGCAUGUUUUACCUGUUCAUAGCAAGAAAGAAAAGUUUCUGCCUGCAAAUAUUUCUUCUGAACCCUAGCUAUAUACUUUGCCAUAAAGAAGAUCUAAGCUUUUUUUCUGCUUUUUAUAGACAUAAGAAUAUAUAAUUUUAUUUAGUUUGUACAAUCCACAAGAUAUUGUCAAUAUGUAAAGUAUACAUAAUAUUUGUUUAGUUUAUUGCAUGGUAAAUAUAAUGUUUUAUGUAAUAGCAUAUAAUAUAUAGCCUAUAGUUUUUUCUGGUAUUGGUAGUCUGCUUAGACUACAUUUUACGCGUGUUUCUCAUUUUUAAAUUAACCUUUGCGAUCUACAUUUGCAAAUUAUUGAUUUUCCCUCUAUUAAAAAAACGAUAUAUCUCUAUACGAAUUAUUUCUAACGUAUUUACAAAAUGUAAGGAAAUAUUACAUGUUUAAAUGUAUGUAAAUGGAGUGAUACUAUACACUGAAA